AUGGCUCAGCCAGGAGUCCAGUCGUUGAAGACAUGCCUGCUUAUUUCCUAUACAACGAACGCCUUCCCCGGCGAGUACAUUCCUACCGUCUUCGACAACUACUCGGCGAGUGUGAUGGUUGAUGGAAAGCCAAUCAGCCUGGGACUUUGGGAUACUGCUGGUCAGGAAGAUUACGACAGACUGCGACCGCUUUCAUACCCCCAGACCGACGUCUUCCUCAUUUGCUUCUCCAUUGUCAGCCCGCCGUCAUUUGACAACGUCAAGGCCAAGUGGUACCCCGAGAUCGACCACCAUGCGCCAAACAUUCCCAUCAUCCUCGUCGGCACCAAGUUGGACUUGAGAGAGGACCCCAACACCCUCGAGUCCCUCCGCCAAAAGCGCAUGGAGCCUGUUUCCUACGAUCAGGCUUUGGUUUGCGCCAAGGAGAUCAAGGCGCACAAGUACCUGGAGUGCUCUGCCCUGACACAGAGAAAUCUGAAGAGCGUUUUCGAUGAGGCUAUUCGGUCAGGAUUCAUCAGUGCCAGUGUGCAAGAAGAAAUGGCUAACCUGGAAUUAGUGCCGUCCUGA